GUGGCGUGAGUCAGUGUGGAUGUGACCCUCGUGGUGUGUGGAGGUCUGUCAGCGCGCUCCCCGCCGCCACCUGCUGCUCCCACUGCUGCUGCUGCUGCCAUCACUGUAGCUGCACCACCGUCACGCGCGCACACAACUCUCUCCUCAUUCGCUUCCUGCCUUGGAAUAAAACACGUGGAGGAGUCUUACAGAGCAUCGGGAGUGUACUUGUUGUUUUCUCAAAUUUACUGAGUGAAAGAAGACAAGAGCGUGCCUCGCAUCCACCUGCUGCUGGAGUUGUAUCUCAGGCCACGGGUGUCUAGAGGGUCAGUGAGUGCUUACGAGUGAUAACCUUGGGUACUGAGGGUCAGUGCUAGGCAAACCAUGGCGGAGAGUGAGUGAGCGAGUGCGGUCCGCUAGUACCGCUGCUGCCGCUGCUGCAGGCUCACGCACUUGUUGCUCCGAGUGUGUGUGUCUGAGGACGACUUGAGCCGCUGCCAUGGUGCUGCAGAACCCUCGACUCGCCUCCUCGGAGAUCCUGGAGUACGAUGAGGCGCCUCUCGACCUCAGCAUCUCCAACCGAACUAGGUGCCCCUCCCCGCCCAGGAGCCCCGACUACUACAGGGAGUCUCUCAGUCCGGAUUACCGAGACUACCGGGACACUAGCAGCCCUCAUGACUCCGACGACUCGGACUCUCAGCGGGCGUCCCACAAAUCCGCCAAAGCGUACAAAAAGGACAUGAUGAGGAGAUACCUGGAUACCGAUGGUGGCAGAGGCGUUCACCCCCACCACCACCACCACAACGAGUCCUCUCUCCACCACCACCACCAUCACCACCACCUCACGGGCGGCGUGGGCAGGUCGCGGGAACAGAUGCUCCAGGACCUGCUCUCCUCGGGCCAGGUGAUGAGCCCCCACCAGAACGGUCCCAAUGGCCCCCCUGUCUCAUCCACCGCCUCCGCCACCACCACCUCCAACUUGUACAGCAACUACCCGCCCCACCCCGCCGCCCACGCUGGCCACCGCACAGCCUACUCGGCCACCCAGCCCAAUACCUCUGUGGGUGGGGUCGCUGCCGCCCUCCCCGGCGGACUCAGGCGUGUCCGACGUGGACUCCUCGAGCGGCCACGCCAGCAAUGACGAGUCCAAGACCAGACUACACCUCACAGUGUGUGGGUCUCGGACGCCGGAAUCUCCCACGUCAGGCAUGGAGGCGGGUGGUCCUCUCCCAUCCUUCCAUCCGACCUACUCGCCUCAGCCUCUCCACAUGCGGUCCCCGUCGCUCCCGCCCCACACGCCCACCUUCUCCCGCCCACAAGAUUCCCAAGUGAUGGGCUACGGCGUGAGCAUGUCUGGUUUUAUGGACACCGGGUCUCCAGGAGGUGUUGGUGCGGGAGCCUACGGCGUCACCUCUCCUCACUACCCCGGGCACCCGUCAGGCCUCGCCUCCCCCCUCCAAGGCCCCUCGUCCUCCUCGCACUUGACUCAUAUGGUGUCUUCGGGCAUGGGAGCGGCGCCGUCCACAGCCUCUCCCUCCUCCUCCUCGUCAGCUGAAGAUUUCUUCCUUGGCGACAUGGGCUUCCCACCCAGGAUGAAAAAGAAAGGACGCAAGCCCAAACCUCCUGACGCCAAUGGCCAGCAGCCCGGCAUGAAGAGGAAAAGCAGAGAAGGAUCCACAACUUACCUGUGGGAGUUCCUGCUGAAGUUGCUGCAGGACAAAGAGUGCUGCCCCAAGUACAUCAAGUGGACCAACAGAGAGAAGGGAGUGUUCAAGCUGGUCGACUCCAAAGCUGUGUCCCGGCUGUGGGGACUGCACAAGAACAAGCCUGACAUGAACUACGAGACCAUGGGCCGCGCCCUCAGAUACUACUACCAGCGUGGCAUCCUGGCCAAAGUGGACGGCCAGCGCCUCGUGUACCAGUUUGUUGAUGUUCCCAAGGACAUCAUUGAAAUUGACUGUACAGGAGCAUAAGGGCAUUGUGGAUCAUCCUCUGCAAUCUGUGCUUCAUGGCAACCAGAGGAUGCUCACCAGCUACAAGAGUGAGAGGUCUCGGCCUUGUGGACAACAGUCUUAGUGAGGGGCCUUGUGGCUCCGUGGCAGGCAGCUGUCUGACACCAGUAGUGCUGGCAGGAAGUCCUGCCCAUCAACAAAACACAUUAUUUUUUUUGACAAUAACUUGAUAUUUUCAAGAAUCUGUAAAAUAAUAGUAAUAUCUAAGAGGAACUCUUUGUUGAGACUCCUUAACAUUCGUUUUGUAUAUAUUGCCUCCAAUUUCAGUGUAAUGACUAUCGCUCACUUUUGAGUCUGUACAUAGAGUAUAAAUAAGAAUAAGGACAAUUAUUUUAUUACACGCGCCUCUAGAUCAAGUGGCAAGACUCUUGUGUCGAACACUGUGAGGCCCAACCUCCUCUUACCCCAUCCAGAAUGUGAUACUCAGCAGCCCUGGAUGCUGACCCAGGCUUGCGGGCUGCACCGUGCAGGCUGUAGUGAACAAUCUUCAGUCACACCUUCACCCUGAGACAUAGCUUGAGCUUACUGGGCAGCCGCUUGUCAGAGCCACCUGACCUUGCUAGGGCAUCAUGGUUACCUGUAUCUUACACAGGUAACCUGAACUGGGACAUGUUUGCAAUGGAAUCACAAAGAAAUGUACAGUUAAUUUAAAUAGUUCUUAAGUGAUAGUAAUAGGUGCUCGCACCAUCCGGUCAGACAGUCCAGGUGAGCCAAGCGGCGUCUCAGGGGUUGGGGUCUGAGUCCUUAAGUCAGUCCGUAGGUCCCCAGUGUCCUGGUAGUGGCGCUCAAUCGAGUUUAGUUCUUGUAAGUUGCAGACUUUGCUCGGGAGGAUACAAGCGGACAGUGCCUUGCAGCUUUGCCAGUCCGUAAUGAGCCGCUUCUUUACAAAACACACAACUAAUGCCAUUACAUCUCAAAAUUUGACAUUUGUGAUUGGCCUUAUAUUUCACCCAGUGCUUGGGAGACUCAUGUGAUAUUAAAGUGUUGUGCAAAAGUUAACUUAUCUGGACACAGGAAGAGAUGGUCCAUGAUAAUUGGUGCUCAAUUUGAAGCUGUUUCACUGCUUUGUAAGAGAAAAGAAAGCCAUAUCAUAUAUUUUGAAUAUAUUUAAUACUUUUAAAAUUUGUACUCUAUUUUUCAAUCAAUUGAGAAGUUGUCCAAUAUGUAGCUGAUGCUUGCUCUUACUGUGAGACAAAACACAGACAAGAAGUUUUAAAACAUGGGAUCUGGAACAGUGACUGCAGCGGUGCAGAUCAAACUACAGGACUCACGGGCCCCUCUGUAACAUAGACUCUCUUUAGGACUAUUUAUUUAUUGAAUACUUAAUAUUUUACAAGUUGUUAAAUUGUUAUAUAAGUUGAAUGUUUUGAUAUGAGAAUGGGAAACCACUAAGGUGUAUUGUAAGUUCAGUUGUGGUGUUGUGUUUCUAAAUGUAUUAAUAUUCACCAGCUACGUUCUGUCUAUUAACAGCGGACCAACCUAUUUUUUUGUGCUAAAUUGUCAUUUUUAUGGAAUAGUUUUACAUAUCAUAUUGGUUGUACAUUAAAUCAUUCCUUUUUGUAGAAACCCAUUUUGAGGGAAUUGUUCUCCUGCCCCCUGACUUGAGAAUUAACAAACCAUAAGAUGUCCUACACAACCUAUCUAACAAGAUCCCAUCCUGCUUACACAAAGAUGCCCAAAGCCGUCAUCCUGCUUACUAAUAUAGUGAUGGCAUAGCAUCGCCCUCUUUCAUCUAAGAUACUCAUCUGAAAGUCUGGAACACUUCCCUUCUCAUGCCUCUCUCCUCUGAACCCCCCUGCCACUCCUUCCCCAAGGUUCUCACAGUGCUGCUCUGCUCAUAUGCUCUUCGAUGGGGUGUCAGUGAUCUUUUCUCUCUUGCUUUUCUUUCCUUGUGGGCCAUGAAAGUCCUUGCCCCACCAAUUGAUCCCUGGCCGCCUGGCCCUCCAGCAUUUCUCUGGUCUAUAAGCCAGUGUGGAGCAAUGUAUUGUCCGUGUGAAGGUCCUGGUGUACCCUUGAGAGUUGGCUUCUGUAAGUACAAAGUGUGGCGGUGGCUCGUGGCACCCACGGCCGUCUCUUGUCCUUACCCCCCCUGAACUUUUUAACAAGUUUUCUGACUGGCCUCACAAUUCUUUGAGCCAAUUGGAACACAUGUUUUACUUGUAAUCAUUUUGUUUGGGAGACAUUUUGCCUCUUAAAAAUUGGCAAAUGCCCUGGAUCAUGUUGCCUUAAGGCAAGUGACACCUCAGGGUAGGAGGGAGCAGCCUCUCCAGCGCCUGGUGGCCCAGGCUGGGGAGAGGGUGCCUCAGCCCCGCUGCUGUACAGUCGUGUUGACGGCCUUGGCCAAGGUCGGCAGCUUUUUAAGUGUUCUCACUACACAUUGUAUCAACACUACCAUUUCUAAGGUGUAAAAUAAAGCAAUGGAUAUA